GGGACCGUCGGAGUCAUUCUUGGGGUGGGCCGAGGGCGUUUUCGACGUUUCGGUACGCGCGUGCCAUCGCAACGAAACGACUGGCCUCCAUUUAUAAAAUGUCCGGCUUUGGGCGCCCUCGCCCGCAUUCGAAAAGGCGCCCGUGAGACGGUCGAGGCGGAGAAAGAGAGAGACGCAAGGACGAGGCCGCUGGAGAGUUAGGAGAGAAAAAGUUGCGUGAUUCCGAAGAUGCCCUCGCCGCCCCCUCCCGGCCCUGACCUCCCCCUCUCCUGCUCGUCGGCGUCCUCGUCGGAAGAGGAGGAGGAGGAGGAAGAUCACGAGGAGGAGGACGACGACGAGGAAGGGGACGGUGUCGGAGAGGCUGAGGGCGACGGCGACGGUGAGGGCCACGUCACUCCACCUGCUGCCAAAACCCUAGGCCCUAAUUCAUCCCCUUCCUUCUCUUCGUCUUCCUCCGGCAGGGAGAACGGCUCCGCAGGCGGCGGCGGCGGCGGCGGCAAGAGGCCGCCUGCGGCGGACGGCGGGGUCGAGGGAGACGUCAAGCGUCUCCGCACGUCGUCGACGGCCGUGGUCGCGCAGGCGGUGACGCAGGCGACGCCGCUCUCGGUCGUGGUCUCCAUGCCGGCGCAGGUGCAGCCGAUGGACUCGGAGAUGGAGAAAAAAGCGAUUGUGAGCGUAGGGGAGGACUCCCGCCGGCUAUUUCAGAGGCUUUGGACGGAUGAGGACGAGAUCGGGUUGCUUAAUGGGUUCUAUGAGUAUUCCCGGAGGGGAAACCCUAAUUUCCAUGACAUGACGCCAUUUUACGAGCAGAUGAAGGCGACUCUGCAAUUCGACUUUAACAAAAACCAGCUUGUUGAGAAGCUCCGAAGGCUCAAGAAGAAGUACCGGAACGUUGUUCGCAAGCUGAGCUCCGGAAAGGACUUCGCUUUUAAGAGCGCCCACGACCAGUUAACGUUUGAGAUCUCGAAGAAGAUCUGGCAUGCUGGCUUCGCCCCGGUGGUGGACGACGAAGAGGAGCCGGUGGUCGAGCGCAAGCCGGGGCGCGGCUCACGGAAAUCUCAUGCUCAGACUCAUCAGCCGGCCCCUCCACCUCCGCAGCCCGUGGCCGACGGUGGGGGCACUGGAGUUGGUGGAGCAGGUGGAGGGGGUGUAGCGGGCACCGGUUCUGGAGGUAACUGCGGGAUCCCGUCUGUUCACAGCGUGGUGGAGGAGACGGUACGGAGCUGCUUGUCGCCGAUCUUCAAGGAGCUGAUGUAUUCUGCAGUAAAUGGGCCAUCGCACUCAGGGUUCGGACUAGGAAUGAACCCGUUGCCGUUGAGUUUCGGUGGUGCGGGUGAGUUCAAGGCCGUUGGGUCGGAUGAGAAGUGGCGGAAGCAGCAGAUUUUGGAGUUAGAGGUUUACUUGAAGAGAAUAGAGCUGGUGCAGGAACAGAUCAAGUUAACCUUGCAAGAGUUGAAGUCGUUGGGUACUUGAACAAACUAGAAAAGAGAAAAAAAAAAGGGAUCUUCUUCUUUUUUUCAUUUCCCUUUCUCUUCUUUCUUCUUUUCCUUUCCCCUUUUUUAGUUUCCCUGUGCUCUUUUCUUUGUCUUUUCUUGAUUGUUAUGACUCUGUUUAUUAAUGUGAAAAUGAUUGGGCUUA